AUGAAGGCUGGGAACUCCACCCCUGUGACAGAGUUUGUUCUGCUGGGAAUUUCUCAUACAGAAGGGCUGGAGACCAUGAUGUUUGGUCUAUUCCUGACCUUCUAUGUUUUCACUCUGCUGGGAAAUCUCAUCAUCUUCCUCACCAUUCUGGCUUCCUCCACCCUCCACACCCCCAUGUAUUUCUUCCUGGCAAAUCUGUCUGUGUUUGAUAUAUUUUUCCCUUCUGUGAAUUCCCCCAAGAUGUUGGUCUUGCUAGUGGGUCAAAGCCGCACAAUCUCUUACCAGGGCUGUGCUUCUCAGGUCUUCUUCUACCACUUCCUGGGCUGCACCGAGUGCUUCCUGUACACCGUGAUGGCCUAUGACCGCUUUGUGGCCAUUUGUCACCCCAUGCGAUACACGGUCAUUAUGAACCAUAGGGUGUGCUCUGGCCUGACAGUGGGCACUUGGCUGGGGGGCUGUGUCCAUGGGUGUAUCCUCACAUUUCUUAUCUUCAGGUUACCUUACUGUGGCCCCAAUGAGGUGGACAGCUUUUUCUGUGAUAUCCCAGUGGUGCUUCCCCUGGCUUGUGCAGAUAUCUCGAUAGCACAGAUGGUGAGUUUAACCAAUGUGGGUGUUGUCUCACUGACAUGUUUCCUUCUUGUCCUCACAUCUUAUACUCGCAUUGUUUUGUCCAUAUUGAAAAUCCGUUCCUCAGAAGGCAGGCGCAGAGCCUUCUCCACUUGCAGUGCCCACCUAACUUCAAUCCUCUUCUUCUAUGGGCCUGUAAUUCUCGUCUAUCUUAGGCCAGCUUCCAGCCCUUGGAUGGAUGCAGUAGUUCAAGUAUUAAAUAAUGUCAUCACUCCUUGCCUGAAUCCUUUGAUUUAUUCCUUGAGAAACAAAGAUGUGAAAUUGGCCCUGAGGAAGGUGUUAGUUGAAACUGCCCACCCUUCUAGGGUAUAA